UAUGCCGUUGUUUUUCUAUGGUGGGUAGUAGAAAUUUAUUUACCCGAAGUUUAAACUUUGUCGCCUUGUUUACGAAAUCAUUUCGCAAGCGUCGAGUUGAUUGAAUUCGAAUUUAAACCGAAGGAGGAGAGUGGGUGUGCAUAUUUACUAUUGCUUUUGAAAUGACUUGAAUUGUUUCUUAAUACAUGGAUAACAUGGACUCAAAUAAAUUCAGCCCGAGCAAAACAUAUCAAGCAACAGAUAACAAUGAUGAACCCUACCCAAGCCUAUCCGAUUAUCAUGAUUAUGAGCCAAAUCUUGAGUUUGAUGAUUCUGAAUUACACCAGGGACCAGAUAUCUUAGCAUCUACAGCCGAUUUAUUAAAUGUGGAAUCCAAUGGAAUUGGUUCACCAGAAUCAGACUUUGGUGAGGAUAAUUUUGAGGAUCUAGCUGAUAACUUGGAAAGCAUGACUUUCUGUUCAAAUUCCUAUCCGGAAGUAGGUGAAGAAGCCAUCGAAGAAUUUGCAGAGAUAUCCAAAUAUGGAAUUAUUGAUGUUAAGGGUGAUGAUUCGCUUGGCAGAAAAAUCAUUGUUUUAUAUGCAUGCAAACUACCUGCUAUUAAAGAAAUUGAUCAUGGACAUUUCCUAAAUUAUUUGAAAAAAACACUGGAAAACUACGUCCAACAAGAUUACAGUUUAGUGUACUUUCACUAUGGCCUUUCAAGUAAAAACAAGCCUUCAUUGGGUUGGCUGGUGCAGGCCUACAAAGCUUUCGAUAGAAAUUACAAGAAGAAUUUGAAAGCUUUGUAUUUAGUGCAUCCCACAAGUUUUUUGAAGUUUGUUUCUCAACUGUUUAGACCUUUGAUAAGCGCCAAAUUCGGCAGGAAGUUGAACUACAUUAAUUCUUUAAAGGAGCUUGAUGAACAUAUUAAGAUUAACAUUUUGGAUAUACCACAUGAAGUCAUAGAAUAUGAUCAAAAAACAAAUUCCCCGCUUCCCGCAGAACCUCCAAAACCUGUUGAAACAUACUUACCGACACAGCAGUUUGGUGUAUCUUUACAAUACAUUAAAACUAAUUAUAACGUUUCCAUACCGCCAGUUGUUAAGCAGUGUGUUGAGUUUUUAGAUCAUCCAGAUGCAUUAGAGACUGAAGGUUUAUUUAGAAGAAGUGCCAAUGCCAUAAAAGUUAACACUCUUAAAGCAAACGCUAAUAAGGGUGAAAAUUUAGCGUUUGAAGAUCCACAUGAAGCUGCAGCUUUGCUUAAGAAGUUUCUCAGGGAACUUAAAGAGCCGCUGUUAACUUAUGAGGUUUAUGAUGAAAUUAUUGACUUCCAAAGCUGGUCUAAGGAGGAACAACUUAGGCUUGUAUCAAUAUUAGUCAUGGAAAAACUUCCAGAGGACAAUUACAAAUUGUUGAAAUAUGUUAUUAGUUUCUUGAGCAGGGUUAUGGAACGUUCAGACUUAAACAAAAUGAAUGCACAAAACUUGGCUGUAGUGUUUGGACCAAACUUGGUGUGGUCUGAAUUGGUUUCCAUGUCUCUGGCAGCCAUUGGACCAAUUAAUACUUUUACAGCAUUUCUUCUGAUUCAUCACAAUGAAAUAUUUAUGAUUUAAAUGUAUUACUUAUAGUAUUUCUGUGAUUUUGUUGCUUUUUUUACAACAAAAACUAUUUUACACAUAAAAAAUAAACGUUUUUGGAAUCGCUUUUUAGAUAGCAUACAGUCAAGAAAAUGCUUUAAAAUUUAUCUAUUUUUAACAGAAUUACAGUCACUACUUACAUAUCUUAUAAAAUGCUGAUUCAUUGUUGAUGAUAAAAUUGUACUAACAAAUGUUAUUUUUUAUUUGUAAAAUGUUUUUUCUACAUGUAUGGGUAAAACUGUUAUAUAAUUAUAAUUGGAAAGAAUGAAUUUUAUGUAUGCGAAAAAUUCGCGAUGUUAGAACAUAUUUGUAAAAUUUUAAAGUACUGAAUGUGUUGCUUAUUUUACAAAACAACAUGUAAAGACUUAAAAAAACAUAGAUAAUAGAAUAAAAGUGUAAAAAGAAUAUAUACCAUAACAAAUGUAGUAGUUUUGUAUAAUAUACUCUAAGCAUACCUACCUAGUAAUAAAUGAUAUUUUAAAAAUAUUUCUUAUUGGUGGGUAUACUAGUUUUUAUAAAAACGAUUAGUCAAAAUACCAAAGAAACUUUUGAUAAUUUAUCUAUUAGACGCCCAGAAAUUUAGCGCUACAUUUGUUUGUAUUGUUUUUUAUGAAGGAAGUUGAUUAAUUAUCAAAUUGCAUUUAAAAAAAAUUAACAACUUCUAGUUGAUAGAAUCUCCAAAAUUACGCACAAACAUCGUAAGCUUUAUUAGAUUUAUUGUUGAACAAUGUAUAAAUUCAAUUUUAAUUUAUUACAUGUAAAAAUUUUGUCAUUAAACAAAGAGCAUAGUAAAAUAAGGCCCCUAUAAUAUUAUGUAAACAAAUUUAUAGGGGUCCCUCAUUUAAUUAAAAACAUUACUUUUUAUGUAAAAUGUUUGUUAAAAAAGUUUUGAUUUUCGGAAUAAAAAUAUGUGUCAUAUUUGUUCUACAAAAUACUAAUUUAUUUACAUGCCUUUAAAUGGUCAUUUAAAAUUUUAUUAAAAACCUAUAUCUGCACAAAAUUAUAUAAGUGAUAUAAUUUGCAUUGUACUGUAUAAAAUGUAUUUAUACUUUAUAUAUUUAUCUACUCUUUACAGUGCAACAAUACAAAAAUUACCUACAGGCGGUUAGGAUGGGUCAAUAGUACUAUUUUUGUGAAACAAAACCCCCAAAGAAUUUUUAAAAUUUAGCUCCACUUCAAAAGUUAUGGCCAUUUGAAGUUAGGGUGACUUAUUUGCAUUGCAUACUUUAUUAUUUGCCAAUAUUUAUUUCAAAGUAUUUUAUAAUAAAAAUUGCAAUGAUGAUAUAAUGGAAUUUAAA